AUGUCCGAAAAGUCCAUUCCCACCGCCACUGGUGACGCGGAUAUUGAGCCUGCAUCCACGCAGGUCGUGGACACCAGAUGGGCCUCCAUAUUCGGCGGACCGGGUGUCUGGGUCGGCCCUCGCAUCGCCGAGCUGCCUGACUACGCCGCCAAGGACGUCCCAUCAGACACCGAGAAUGCAAACACCGCCAUCCUGGACCAGCAGAUGGCCAGAGACAAGGAGUCAGAUAUCCAGUUCCGCACCUGCUCGUGGCAGAAAACAGCGGCCUUGCUCUUCAGCGAGUACAUCUGCCUCGCCAUCAUGUCGUUUCCGUGGAGCUACUCCGUCCUGGGUCUCGUGCCGGGCAUCAUCGUCACUGUUGCCAUCGCGGCCGUUGUGCAGUACACCAGUCUGAUUCUGUGGAAGUUUUGCCUACGCCACCCUGAAAUUCGUGAUGUCUGCGACUUGGGCCAAAUGCUCUUCUGGGGCAAAGAAUGGGCUUGGUGGGGGACUGCCAUCUGCUUCAUCCUCAAUAACUCUUUCCUUCAGGGCCUGCAUGUGCUGGUGGGAGCCAAGUAUCUCAACACGAUGACCGAGGCUGACGAUAUUGGCCACUGCCGCACUGUCCUAUUCUCGGUUGUGACUGCCAUCAUUUGCUGCUUGUUUACGCUGCCUCGCACCUUUGACAUGAUGUCCAAGCUUGGCACCGCAUCUGCCCUGUUCACAUUCGUCUCUGUCGUUCUCGCCGCAGCCUUCUCCGGGGCCCAGGGCAAGCCGGCUCUUUAUGACCCUGUGAAACUGGGCGAGCCACUCGUGACGGCCUUUCCCGUCAAAGGUGCGUCCUGGGUGAAUGGAAUUUCUGCCUUCUUGAAUAUUGUGUUCACUUUCAGUGGACAAAUCACCCUCCCCAGCUUCAUCGCUGAGAUGCGUGAUCCUCGUGAAUUCCCCAAGGCUCUCUGGCUUUGCACCGUGGCCGAGGUGUUCGUCUUCAGUAUUGUUGGCGGUGUGACCUAUGCCUACUCUGGAAAUCAGUACAUCACCUCUCCGGCCUUUGGCUCCCUUCAAGACAAGUACAAGAAGAUCGCUUUUUCGUUCAUGAUCCCGACUAUCAUCUUUCUCGGAUGCCUAUACGCUUCAGUGACGGUACGCUUCGUUUUCUUCCGGCUAUUCCGCAACUCCAGACAUCUCAACAGCCACACUGUUGUGGGCUGGGCGUCUUGGACCGGAAUAAUCAUCGUUAUUUGGAUCUUUUCGUUCAUCAUCGCCUCAGUCAUUCCAUUCUUCAAUUCUUUGCUGAAUGUCAUGUCUUCAUUAUUCAACCCGUGGUUUGGCUUCAUCUUCUGGGCAGUUGCGUACUUCAGAAUGCGGUCUGCAGACAGAGGCGUAGGCCGAAAGCACAACGCCAUUAUCGAUCGGGUCGGUAUCGUGGUCAACAUAGUUCUGAUUGGCGUGGGAAUUCUGCUGCUUACAGUCGGCACUUAUUCCAGCGUCAGGGGCAUCAUGGACGAAUACGCCGCGGGAACGGUUUCAAGUCCCUUCUCGUGUGCUAGUAAUGGAAUCUAG